ACGAUUUUUGUAUAAAUAACGAAUUUGCUGCCAAAGACAUUAUCAGUUUUAUCAAACUAGUCAACACAACCACAACAAACAACCAAAAUGUACAAACUUUUCGUAUUCGCCGCCAUCUUGGCCGUCGCUUUCGCCGUACCCACCCCUGAAGCCAAUGCCGACCCCAAAGCCGACCCCAAGGCCAAACCAGGCUACCUUGCAGCCCCAGUAGCUUACAGCGCACCCCUGGUCUCCGCCCCAGUAGCUUACAGCGCUCCCUACGUUGCUGCCGCUUCUCCCUACGCUUACAGCGCCUACAGCGCUUACCCAGCCUACUCCGCCUACGCUUCUCCUUACUACUACUUGUAAAUAUGGAGCGAGUAGGAUGAUUGUGAAUGGUGAUGAUGACUUCGGCUUAAGGAAACGGAUGAAAUGAUUAUGGAGUGAACGAUUUUGGAUUCUUUUAUUGUGAUUUUUCUUCUCAAAGUUCAAAAAUAAAAGACAUUUUUAGCAUA